ACUACUACUCGAAGCACACUUCUCUUGGCUGUAAGUUCAUCUUUGGAUACCCUGAACCAACACUUCCACGAGACACCAACACGUUCCCAUAAAAAGCUACGAAACUGUGUUUGCUUUACCGAAAGAAAAUCUAACCAUAAGGUUUUUCGGGACACAAUGGCUUCACAGCCGUCCCAGAGACCGCGUCGAAAUGCUUCGCCUGCAUCGAGCUCCAAACUACAACCUAUGCGGGCUACCUUACCAUUUUCGCUGAUAUCUCCCAGCAAUCCGAGUUCUACUCGCGGAAAUGGACUACGAAGACCAAGUCCAUCUUCUUCACCGGUUCAUGGGAGUGAAAAUGCCCUCAAACAUCGAAGAAGUUCUCCUGAAACACGUGGGUCUCCUGAGCAUCGUCGUAGUCCUUCUUCACCAUCUUUAUCUAGCUCGAAAGGUGAGAGAGGAAAAUUGUCGAAAAGCAGUUCGGGCUCCAUAAGAAGAACGCCAUCCAUAGACGCCAUUUCGCCUUACAUGAGUGGACAGUGGCCGAAAGACGUUGGAAGUUACGGUCCGAGUGUGUGCCAUAAAUCAACUCAGACACCAGUUUGGGAAGAGGGGGAUAUUGAAGAUAAUUCAGGAACAAGAAACAAGCGAUCAAAUUCCCUGGGAAGUGGAGACCAGAAGAUUAAAGAGAAAUUGAAACAACAUCUUCAACGCACAAAGCAAGGCAGUAAAUCUAGCCAUACGUAUGGCCGCCAGUCUCCCCUUCAUGGUGAUCAUACUGCUAUUCCAGCAAGCCGGCUGCCUCAGUCAAUUCCCAUUUCAAUCCCUUUGGGCCCAAGACCAUCAGAAGGACCUCAGAAAAGAAGCUUGGAAGGCCUAAACUCUGAAAUUCAGAAACUUGUUUUGACAGAUGCUUCAACAGAAAGGACAUCAGAACAUGUUCCAGAUGGACGCAAAGCCCCUGUAUUUGAGGUACUGUCUGGGGCCCCUUUUCGGACAGUAGACACUCACACGCAGACUCCCUCUAAUAAUCAAGAGGGGCAAGAUAGUAGUGGCAGUGGUAGCAGCAGCAGCAGAAGCCAUUCUGCAUCCCCAACCUACCCCAUCAUGCCAGGGGCAUCUGAUUCAAGGCCUUCAUCAAGAUGUUCCUCAGGAGGUGCUGCAGAUGCUGAAGAAAAUGUUUCUCCUGAGCUUCCUUCAGGGGGUUCGAAAUAUGCCUCCUCACCAAAGCCCAAUAAUUCUUAUCUGUUUGCGAGGGAGCCUCCUGAUGGAGCAGAGAAAGUCCCAUUACAUGUUGAAGAUGCUGACAGAAGUGCAUCACCCCAGAUUUUUUGCCCAGACAAGACAAAGGUGAACUUCAUAACUAUCCCUGCAAGAUCAGCAUUUUCUGUCUUCAAUGCCCUUCCUUCCCUGCCCAAGGUGGCUGUCACCUCUCCAGCAACAGCAAACCAACAGUUAUCACAAGUGGAAGCUUCACAGUAAUAAGAACUGCAAGGGACUUAAACAAGCUGCAAACUGUGGCCAUGCAGUUCAACCAUGAAACUGAAGUACUUAAGAAAUACAAAAAACAAAAACAAAACAAAACAAAAAAGAUUAACAAAAA